AUGACAGGCACAUUUCGACAUGUAGCCAAGGCUACAUUUCUAGUUUCCAAGAAAGAGGGACUGAGCGAUGAAGAGUUUCGGAAGUAUUAUACCGAGGUUCACGCUCCCAUGGCUCUCGACUUCUGUAAGCGAUACGGUGUGCUCGAUUACUCUAUUGCUGAAAGAGCAGUUACCCGAGCCGCCUUUGGUAACAAGACCUCAUUCAUCAAUUGCGACGCCAUCACUACCUUUGUCUUCCCGAACAUGGAAUCGCUGCUUGCGUCAUUCUCAGAUCCAGAAUAUGAGACGAAGCUGGGCCCCGACGAGAAAAACUUCGCCAAUGACCAAAAGUUACAGUUUGCCGUAAGCGACGAAUUCGUGCUGCUGGCAGGCGGACAGGAGCAAACGAAUUGA